AUGGCCUGGGGGGUCCACACCUGCUGCUUCCACCUGUGCUGGUGCUGCUCCUGGCCUCAGGGCGCUGUUCCUGAAGAACUUCACAAACACUCAGGACAGACGCUCUUCCUGCAACACCAGUACUCACCCAAGAGAGGGCCCUAUCAGCCCAAAUCCUGGCGUCAGCAGGCAUCUCCAAAUUGGUGUGCCUUACUUGUCACCAGCUCCAAGCCCCAGACAGCAGUUCAGAAGUCUCGUUACACAAUAUGGGACAAGCCAAAUGCUAGCGUCUUCAAAAUCACCAUGAUUCAGCUGAAGGAGGACUCGGGAUCCUACUGGUGUGGAAUCUACAACACUUCCAAAAACUUCAUCACUGUUCUAGAUGUCAGCCUGGUGGUGUUUGCAGUCCCAGCCAUGUCUCCUAUGUGGACCCUCCCCUGGCUCCCAAUGAACACAGAUGGGGCCAUCCAGUUGCAGGAAAACAAGCUCAGGGAUUCCACAGAUUCUGUGUUAUGGAAAUCAAGUGCCCCCAUCUGCCUUGGCUCAGCUGGCCCCAAACUCCUGAUCUCUGUGUUGUGUGGACUCCUCCUGGCCAAGGGCCUGAUGCUGUGAGUCCUGUUUGUGUUCCUGACCUGCAGGUGCCACAGGACAGCAGUGAUGGAGGUUUCUGAUUGUAUCAGCCCAGCCUUGCCCCAGGACCCUUGGGUGCUUGAGUCACAGCAUGGAUCCAGGAUGAAUCCCAGUUCUUCCCCUGCCCAGCUAUUGGGAGCCGCCCCAAGCAUUGCGCCCCACUGCCCCGUGAGGAAAGGCCAGCGCUAAGCCUAUUGGAGAGAACUUUCAGCC